AUUGUUCAACGCCCGUCAAGCCACAUCCAAUCCACAUCCACAUCACCAGAUGCAAUCAGCACUCAACUCAUCAGCUCGGAGCAUCAUUCGCAUCUGGUUUGGCGACUUUCAAGUGGAGCUAUCAAGGUCCACUGCAUCUCUGAUCUCCACGCUUGUGACUCUGUGAGGUCACCCUUGACGCAUUCUACCACAUGCCCAUGACCUCACCCUCGUGUUUUUUGCCCAUGCAUCAUCACUCACACAUAACCUCAUUUCCAGUCCCUCAGACAAACCCUACAGGCCACUGCUCCCAACAGCCGACGCAUCGACCCUUACCACGUCCUUACUAACGAUCGACUCGGACCACCACCCCCAGGCAUAGCUUACAGCGCCUUUCUCAACUGAACUCGUGUCACGCCGUCGGGUCCAUUGCCACCCUGACGCCCUGCCCCUCUUUUCCCAGAUUCUUGUUCCCCAGGUGCCCAGUCAAUGGGCCGGUUGGCGGUAGCUGCCCCUCCUCUACGAGUACCUUGAUUUGGCCUUACGACUUUGUUCCUGACCAAAAAGGCCGUUCACCACCAACGCAACGCAAUCCUGGCGUCCUCCAGUUCCUCCCACCAGCCCACCAUACACCAGGCUGAGUCGCAAACUCCUACUACCUCUCCCUCUCUAUCAGCCUCUCGAGCUUUUAAGACGACAGUCCAGCCUUCAUCCAAGCCCCGAAUCUCCGUGCUUUAUAUCGUUUCCGGCGCUGUCCUCUUGCUCGUUUUUGUAGCUCGCUUCUUCCUUUCUCGCGACCUCCAGCUCUCUCCUGCGCCGGCCCUCGACCCCUCCUCACUGGUCCCUCUAAGCCCUUUUGGCGACAGUGUAUACAAACAAGAAGCAUAUUACGACCAGUUGGAACCUGGUACUCAGUGUAGACCUAGGUCUAUCUUCUCCCAAGAUCUACCUAUCUCACACGCCCUGAAAAACAUGGCUCUCGAACAAGAAGUCAAAAAGGUGGCUGCACAAUUUGAGUAUUCGGCAGAGGAUGUCAACCGAGGGGUUAAGGAGUUUAUCCGUGAGAUGGACGAAGGCCUUGAGAACCAGGGUACCACACUGAGCCAGAUUCCUACCUAUGUCACAAGCGUGCCCAAUGGCACCGAAAAGGGAGUCUACCUCGCAGUUGACCUUGGAGGCACAAACUUCCGCGUCUGCUCAAUCACUCUUCAUGGAAACCAAUCCUUCUCUCUCCAGCAGUCCAAGAUUGCAGUUCCUCGAGCGCUCAUGGAAGCCAAAACAUCCCACGAGCUCUUCUCUUUUCUCGCCAAACAGAUAGAAAAAUUUCUUCAAGAGCAUCACAGUGAUCAUUUUGAGAAGCACAAGCAUCUCCCUGUGGAGGAUGACUUUUUCGAUCUGGGUUUCACCUUUAGCUUUCCCGUCAACCAAAUCGGCAUUAAUAAAGGCAAUCUAAUGCGCUGGACCAAGGGCUAUGACAUCGAUGAUGCGAUUGGACAAGAUGUCUGUCACUUGCUACAGGUCGAGAUUGAUGCUCUAAAGCUCCCCGUCAAGGUCGCCGCGCUUGUCAACGACACUGUGGGGACCUUGAUGGCGAGAUCGUACACCUCCCCCGGCAAGACGAGCACCCUCAUCGGAGCCAUCUUUGGAACCGGCACAAACGGCGCUUAUGUCGAGUCCCUGGAGAAGGUGAAGAAGAUGAAGGCCAUCGACGCUGCCGAAGGGGGCCAGGGCAAUUAUGACAAGUCCACAGGGCUCAUGAUCAUCAACACCGAGUGGGGCAGCUUCGACAACCCACUCAAAGUUCUCCCAAACACCCAGUAUGACAUUGACCUGGACAGAGAAUCAGUCAAUCCGGGCAUCCAGAUGUUUGAGAAGCGGGUAUCAGGGAUGUUCCUGGGCGAGAUCUUGCGGAGAGCCCUACUUUCACUCUACCAGCACCCGAACGCAGAAGUCGCGUUAUUCAAGGACACAUCGUCGCAUGACAACGACACUCGCAGCACCACGACAGUCGAUCCCAACAGUGCCCUGUUUAAGCAAUGGGGCAUUGACACAUCUUUCCUGUCCAUCGUCGAGGAGGAUCAUUCGGAUAGUCUCCGGAUCACCAAACAAACCCUCGAGAAGGAAUUAGGAGUCGGAGCUGCAUCAACCGAAGACUGCGUUGCCGUCAAGACUUUAGUCCACGCCAUCGGUAAACGUGCCGCCAGACUUAGCGCCGUUGCCCUAGGUGCCGUGGUGAUUGCAAGCAACAAACUGAAAGAAGACGAACUCGUCGACAUUGGUGUCGACGGCAGCUUGGUCGAGUAUUAUCCCGGGUUUGAGGACUAUAUCAGGGAAGCAUUCCGUGAGAUUGAAGGCAUCGGCGAAGAUGAAAAGCGCAUCAGAAUCGGUCUGGCCAAAGAUGGAAGUGGCCUGGGUGCCGCUUUGAUUGCGUUGGUGGCCAAUAAAUCUGAAGUUUCACUCUGAAUAGCUUCUUCGACGGCAUGAGCCCGCAGACAGGGAACCGGGUGAUCCUAAGGCCGUGGUAGGGGAGGCUAAGGUUAUCAUUAUCAUAUGGUUCAACUCUGCAUCUCAGGAUGCUUAAAAUGGGUUUUGGCUUCUGGUCUGGCAUGCAAUUCCGUAAUGAAUGAGCAUGAAACUGCAUCAUUAGUGUCAUCAAGGCAUGAAUGACUUUUAGGACAAUGUGCCUAGGAAUACAGGAAAUAAUUGUAACAUCCUUAGCUUCGGGCUAUGGAGAGAAUGAUUACCAGAAUCGUG